GCAGAAGACAGACAGAGAGAGAGACGGACGGACAGACGGUUGCGCACUGACGGCUUGAGUGACGCGCGUUUGAUCCGCCGCGACUCUCCAAACGCGCCGAUUAUUCGGGACAGUGAUUGAGACGCAGAACAACACCGGGCAUCAGGCGUUUCAUGUGAGACUGACAUCUCGUCCCCGUCUCUGUGACCCCAGCAGAGCAGAACACUUAACACAGGAUGGGGGGAGUUAGCGAAGGAGAGGAUGUUUUAGCCAGGUGGAGCGAUGGACUUCUCUACCUUGGCAAUGUCAAACGAGUGGACAGCGUCAAGCAGUGCUGUCUAAUCAGAUUUGAGGAUAACUCUGAAUUCUGGGUCCUCAGGAAAGACAUCCACUCAUUCUCUUCAGGUGGAGAGGAGGUGUGCUGUAUCUGUGAUGCUCCGCCUCUUAAAGAACCUCUCGUAAACUGCCUCAAAUGCCGCCACGGUUAUCAUCCAGAGUGCCACACACCGCCCAUCGAACCUGAAGUUGACCCCAACAGCUGGAUAUGUCGCCAAUGUGUCUUCGCAGUCGCAACAAAGAGAGGGGGAGCGUUAAAAAGAGGACGUUUCGCACGGCUCAUGCAGAUCAUGAAAGUGCGGCUGCCCUAUCAGCUGUCAUCUUUAGACUGGGACCCGCAGCACUUGACCAACCAGCAGCAGUGUUACUGCUAUUGCGCUGGACCUGGAGAGUGGAAUCUGAAGAUGUUGCAGUGUGGGAGUUGUGGGCAGUGGUUUCAUGAAGCUUGCACUCAGUGCCUGACCAAACCUCUUCUCUAUGGAGACCGCUUUUAUCAGUUCCAGUGCUCAGUGUGCACAAAUGGUCCAGAGACCAUCCAGAGGCUUCCAAUGACCUGGGUAGAUUUGGCCCAUUUGGUGCUGUAUCACCUCUCCCUGUGCUGCAAGAGGAAGUAUUUUGAUUUCGAUCAUGAAAUCAUGUCUUUUGCAAAUGAAAAUUGGGAAUCUUUGCUUCUUGGCACGCUGUCAGACACACCGAGGCAAGACCGUUGCCAAAACCUGCUCAAUGCUUUAAAUUCCCACAAAGACAGGUUUGUUUCGGGGAAGGAAAUCAAGAAGAAGAAGUGUCUCUUCGGUCUUCAAGUUCGGGCUCCUCCCCCUCUGUCGUCGGACCAAUCGCCUUUCAUCGCCGAACAGCCAAUCAACAUCACUCACAGGAGAAGCCCCACGUCGCUGCCCUGCCAGCGGAGAGCGGUGGGUCCGGAGGCCCGUAAAUCAAAGCGUCGGGUCACUGAGACUCAGACUUGUCCAGCAGGAGUUGCGACAAACGCUAUUGACCUGGUGCCGUGUUGCCACGGUUAUGUUGAUGGAACAAGCUUGUAUAACCCUAGAAAACCAGAGGAAGAGAUGAGUUUGGGUUCACCUCCCAAGAGAAUGUAUGCUCUCUAUCACCCUUCAUACAACGGAUCUCAGGACCUGUCUAGAACUCUGCAUCACUACAGUGCAGAGGACCCUUGUCGACUUCCAGCCCCCUGCCUUCCAUUCUCCCUGUCCUCGGCUCACCCAACCGGACAGCGGUAUGAGAGCUGCCCUUCUCUCUUCCUGCAUGACAUGCCACCCUACCCCAAUACAGUCGGCAUGGGGGGACCCACGCCGAUGGGAUGGGGGGGAAACGACGCCGUCAGGAUCCUGGCAAGACGCGUAACGGCGGACGGAAAAGUCCAGUACCUAGUGGAAUGGGGAAAUGUGAGCGUGUACUGAGAACCUGCACACGACAGAGAAAGAGGAAAGGGCUAGAGACAUCAAGAUGCAUCAUUAGGGUUUGCAUGGUUACGAGCAGAAGUGUGAAAGCAUCAAUGAGCAGGUGGGUGUUCGGCGGCCGGGAGAAGAAAACCACAUCGAGCAAAUCCAGGUUGAGCUACACAGCAGCUUCACUCUGAGAUUAUACUGUUAAAAUCUCUUACACUUUCUUUUACAGUGUCUCCUAUAUUUUGAAUACUGUUAGAAAACGCCUUUAGAAUGCCUUGAACUUUAUUAUCAUGAUUUGUAAUGUAUAAGCUAUUCAUCGCCAUCACAUGUUGCUCAUGGACACUUAACGGUCAGAAAUUUCAGGAAAGCUUCAUCAUGCGGACACAUCAGUAAUUGUAAUAUUUUAACGACAGGGAAAUGUUGUUGCUAAAAAAUUUCAUUAUAAAACUAUUCCAGGUUUAGUACAAGUUUAACUCUCAAGUCAACAGCAAUUGUGGCAUAUUUUUAAUUACUUAAAAAAAUACAAUUUCCAGAAGUGAGGGAAGCCAGUCUGUUAAUGUUACAAUGCUAGGAGUUUACACAUUUAUUUUCUACAAACUGACAGUGUUAAUUCCAUUGUAAAUGCUUCAGCAUAAUCUUGAUAUUUGCAGCUUUUUAUGUAUUAAUAUAUUUAUUUAUUUAGGUAAAUUAAGGAUUCACAUUAUGCUACAAAUGCUGUUGAACUUGUACUGAACCCUGGAAUAUUCCUACAAAAGCAAGCGUAUGCUUCAAACUUUUCAUGAUGGGUGGCAAAGCAGUUAAUGCCCAUUUUUAAACAUCAAGAGAUCAUUUUAAAUAAUAAUAAUGACAUAUUAUAAUAGUUUGUCAGAAUUUGCUAUUCAGAUAAGGGAAUUUAAAUGAAUGUAAGACUGUUCUAAAACCUUUGAACCCUGUUAAAAUCACUAACUUAUGAAAGCAUAUUUCUGACACAUAAGAAAAAGAGUGCUUUGGUAAAUCAAAAUUAUGAAAUCAAAAGUCAUGCUGAAAUUAUGACAUAAAAUGUCAUUUUAAUGAGAUGUAAUAAUUAUGACAAAGUCAUGACUUAAGUCAAAAUUUUGACUGUAAUAAUAUGACAUAAAAAGUGCAAAUUACGAUGACCUAUUAUGACCUAGUCAUAACUGGCAAAAAGUCAAGUUAUUAUAGUUAUGACAAAAGAAAUAAAAAGUAAUUUUAUGACAUGAAAAGUAAUAAUCGUGAGAUAAAAAUCUAAAUUAUGACCUACCAUGUCAUAAUUGACAAGAAAUUAUGACAAAAUAUUUACAAAAAAUAUUGACAAAAGACAAAAUUAUGACAUAAAAAGUCAUAUUUAUAAGAUAAAAAGUAAUAAUUCUGAGAUAUAAAGUAAUCAUUCUAAAAUAAAAAUCUAAAUUAUGACCUACCAUGUUGUAACUGACAAAAAGAUUAAAAAAUGGUCAAAAUUAUGACAUAAAUAGCCAUAUUUAUGAUAUAAAAUUAAUAAUUGUGAAAUAAAAAAAAACAAUUAUGACCUAUUAUGUCACAAUCGACAAAACGUUGUGACAAAAUAUUUAUAAAAAAUUGAGAAAAGUUAAAAAUUAUUACAUAAAAAGUAAUAAUUAUGAAAUAAAAAUAAUAAUUAUUAAAUAAAUAUCUAAAUUAUGACCUACCAUGUCAUAAUUGACAAAAAGUUAUGACAAAAUAAUUUUUUUUAAAAAAUGGACAAAAGUCAAAAUUAUCACAUAAAAAGUUAUAUUUAUUAGAUUAAAAAUAAUUAUUAUGACAUAAAAAUCUAAGUUAUGCCAAAAACCCAUUUCUGAGAUAAAGAAAUGAAUAAUUAUGAAAUAAAUAUCUAAAUUAUGGCUUACCAUGUUGUAAUUGACAAAACAUUUUGACAAAAUAAUUAUAAAAAAAUGGCCAAAAGUCAAAAUUAUGAUAUAAAUAGUCAUAUUUAUGAGAUAAAAAGUAAUAAUUAUGAAAUAAAAAUUUUAAUUAUGACCUACCAUGUCACAAUCGACAAAACGGGACAAAAUAAUUAUAAAAAAUUGAGAAAAGUUAAAAGUUAUUACAUAAAAAGUAAUAAUUAUGAAAUAAAAAUAAUAAUUAUUAAAUAAAUAUCUAAAUUAUGACCUACCAUGUCAUAAUUGACAAGAAGUUAUGAUAAAAUAAUUAUUUUAAAAAAUGGACAAAAGUCAAAAUUAUCACAUAAAAAGUCAUAUUUAUGAGAUUUAAAAUAAUUAUGACAUAAAAAUCUAAAUUAUGACAAAAAACAUUUCUGAUAAAAAGUAAUAAUUAUGAAAUAAAUAUCUAAAUUAUGACCUACCAUGUCAUAACUGACAGAAAGUUUUGACAAAAUAAUUAUAAAAAAUAAUUAUGAAAAGUCAAAAUUAUGACAUAAGUCAAAAUUUGACUUUCUAUGUCAUAUUCAAAUUAUAUAUACAUGUAUGUGUGUAUAUAUAUAUAUAUAUAUAUAUAUAUAUAUAUAUUGUAAUUGUGACUUUUCUUCAUAACUGAAUUUUUUUGUCAGAUUUUUGACUUUUCAUCUCAUAAAUAUGACUUAAGAUGUCAACAUUUUAUCCUUUUAUGUCAUAAUUGUGAUUUACCAAAGCGUGGACUUCCAUAGUAACUCAAAUAGCUUAUUGUUUUAUUGUUUUUUUGUUUUGUUUUGUUUUUUUUUUUAAGUGCAGCAACAGAAACAUGAUUCAAGAUGGCAGAAACAGAACAUUUAUCAGGUCCGACACAGAUUACAUGCAGAUCAUUCUACCUGAAUAAAAGCGUGAGGCUGUUAGUUCUUAUGUGAAGCUCAUUUCAUCAGUGAAUGAUAAUGAAUGUAAUGUGUGUGGUUUUUAUUUUAAAUCAUGGUAUGUACUUGUUAGGACAUAGAUGGACUAAUUUCAUGUCAGGGUGACAAGAAUUAGCAGACUGUAGUCUUUUUUAUAGUCAAGUCUAACUUUAAUUUGAUGUAUUCUUUGACGUUUUUUUGUCAGAUUAUGUUUAUAUGUACUCUAGGUUGACACCUAAAAUGUAAACAAACAA